UAUUCAACAUAUCUAUGGUUAUUCAAUAUGCGAUGCAAGUUCGUUAUUUUUGCACAUUAGGAGAAGCAUUGGUGCAUCCUGAUAUUGAUUUACCGAUAGUUUCAUUUUUGUUGUGGAUAAAACCUCUUCAGGCACUUAAAUAACCAAAAUGGGUGUCGAGGAGGAAGUGAUGAGAAUUCAGAAAAAACUGAAUAAAAUGACGUCAGAAGAUGGAAGUGGUCAGGAGCAGGCACUGGAUUUGCUGAAAACUUUACAAACUUUAGAUGUUAAUCUAGAAGUGUUGACAAACACUCGAGUUGGAAUGACAGUUAAUGCUUUGAGGAAAUCCAGUAAAGAUGAAGAAGUCAUCAGCUUAUCGAAAACAUUAAUAAAGAACUGGAAAAAAUUCUUAUCUAAUUCUGCUCCUCCUAAACAACCAUCUAGCAGUUCUUCUUCAAAACCUAAGAAGGAAAAAGAAAAGAAACCUGUUAAGGAUGAUAAAGAGCCUUUGAAAGAUAAAAAAACAGUGUCUCAGUUUCCCCCAGCAAGUACACAUGUUACCACUGAUGCAGUCAGACUAAAAUGUCGGGAAAUGCUAGCCGGCGCAAUAAGAACUGAUACUUCUGAAGAUUUUGAAGGUUGUGCCAGUCCAGAAGAAUUGGCUGAAGAACUCGAAGAAGCCAUUUUUGCCGAAUUCAAAAACACAGAUAUGAAAUAUAAAAACAGAAUUAGGUCCCGUAUUUCAAAUUUGAAAGAUGCAAAAAACCCAACCCUAAGAACAAACUUCAGGAUUGGAGCUAUAUCUGCAGCAAGACUGGCUGUUAUGACAGCUGAAGAGAUGGCAAAUGAUGAAAUAAAACAGCUGAGGGAAAAAUUCACUAAAGAAGCUAUUAAUGAUGCCCAAUUGGCAACAGUGCAAGGCACAAAAACUGAUUUACUUAAGUGCGGCAAAUGUAAAAAGAGAAAUUGUACAUAUAACCAAGUCCAAACUAGGUCUGCUGAUGAACCCAUGACCACUUUCGUCCUCUGCAAUGAAUGCGGCAAUAGGUGGAAAUUUUGUUGAUUUAAUUUUUUCUCGAUUUUACAGGUUUUACGUAUAUCACCUAAUUAUAAUAAUUUUCAAGGCUAUUUAUGAAAAUUGAUUAAUUUUAAAGUUGUAGUAGCGUGGAAUUUAUCAAUAAAUUAUGCGAUUCCA